UUUCCUGGACUCGCAUCGGUCACGUGAACAUUGGCCUAGUGACGCAGCCGGAUCCAAGGAAGGUUCACUCAGGUAUGAUUAUUUUAAAGAAGAUGAGUGAUGCAGGGUUUGUCUUUCAGAACGUUCACCCAGUGCCAUUACAUUUGUCAGAAGAGACCACCACAUCGAGUUUAUGUGCAAGCAAUAUGGAAGGUAUUGAGAGUGAGUUUAAAAACUUUGUGGAAGUAUUCCUCGUCGAAGUUUAUAGAUGUAAGAUUUGUGCAUUCACCAGCAGCCUAAAACUCAAAAUGAACUCUCAUAUAGAAGGUCUUCACAAACCUAAGGCCAAUGAUCAGACUUCCAAGAAGAUGACUGAUGCAAGUCACACAGAAGAUGACACCUCAUAUAACGCUGAGCUGGACAUGGACUCUGAGACUAAAGCGGGUGAGGACAUUAUUGUGGACAACUUAGAGAGGAUGUCUUUUCUUCUUCCCAUGUACGGGAUGCUUCACAACAUUAGUCCUGUGUCCUGUGAAAUGGGACUAGGUGGGCGCAGUGACCACCUGCAUGCUCCUGAUACAUGCGAAGUCAGCACAUUGUUUGAAGGGGAGUCUGAAUCUUUUCAAUUAGAUGGAACCCCCCCCGCUGCAUCAGGGCAACAGUCAUCCCCGGUUGUGCCCAGUGUAUGUGAAGAUGAUGACGAAGCUCAGUCAGAGCAUCUUAUGUCAUUGGGUCUCUGUCGUAUUUCCAAUAGCAACAAAGUUCACACAGUUAAUUCAGGAAACCAUUACCAAAAUGUUGACAGUGAUCGCGUGAUUCGUAAGAAGCUCAAGAAGAAAAAGCGGAGUGAAAACCGACCCUUCAGUGAGGUUGGAAGCUCUCAAACCGAGUUGAAAAAUGAACAUUAUUCUUGCAGGUUGUGCAAACUGGACUUGAAGUCAAAAGACGUUUAUAACCUUCAUGUGGCCUGUCAUGAUGGGGUCGCGUCCUUUAAAUGCAUCCACUGCAGUUCCUGCACAACAGAGUGGAAAAUGAUGCAGAAACACCUCAAGAGUCACAAUGCUGAAAGGUGGAGCUACUGUUGCUCUUUUUGCAACAAAGUAUUCACUAGGCAAAACUCUUGGAAAUUGCAUGAAGUCACCCACCAGCAGCAACCUGGCCUUUUCUACUGCUCCACGUGUCCAUCUUUCUAUACCUCAGAGACUGUGAGAGAUUUGCAUUCUGCCUGCCAUACUGAGGGAGCUUUUAAGUGCACACAAUGUGAUUUUACUGAUGAAGCCUGGAGCGAGGUUUAUAAACAUCUCUGCAACCACGAAAACAGUAUAAAAACACACAAGUGCCUGGAGUGUGACCAGAGCUUCGUCAGAAUAGUUGAACUAAAUGAACAUCUGGCAAAGCACAAGGAGGCAAGGUCAAUUCUCUGCCACCUUUGCGGACGGACAUUCAAGUGCAGGCGGCAGAAGAAUAAACACUAUAGACAAGUCCAUCGGAAGACUCAGGAAAAAAGGAGAGUGAAUGAAAAUGGUCCGUUGAGUAGAAGGCACAAGGAGAAAGAGCCUCGAAUUCAGAAAAAGAAAGUAAGCAAAGAAUUUGCCUGCAACAUUUGUACCAGGAAAUGCUCCUCCAAGUUGGCGCUCCAGAGACACAUGGGAACACACACUGGCAUCAAACCAUUUCAUUGUCAGCACUGUGAUUACAAAACCAGAUUAAAAGCUUCUCUGAUCCAGCACAUGAGAAUUCAUACAGGUGAGAAACCCUUCAAAUGUACAAUCUGCCAGUAUGCCUCCAUUGAUGCCAGUUCUCUGAGACGGCAUUCCCGCACACAUUCCACUGAGAAGCCUUAUAAAUGCCAGUUGUGUUCAUAUAGUUGCAUUCAAAAGAAGAGCCUGGAUCUUCAUGUGCGCAGACAUCACACGGGUGAGAGAUUUGGGUGUCAUUUCUGUGACUACUCCUCUCCUGACAAGCAGCUUUUGCAAAAACAUCUGAAGAAACACCAGAAGGAGAUGGAAGAAUCAUUAAGGAGCAUACAAACAGCACCUAUAGUGGAGUCAUUCACAGUGUAGCAUUUACUGGCAUCUGCUGACAUCCUAGAUACUAGCAAAUCACAAGGAUCUGUGAGAUCUUACAUCUGCAGGCUAGUGCGUGUUUUCGUGUUUUUAAGAAGGUUAGUGAGGCAGUAGCUAUUAUCUCCACAGUGGAGGAGCUGCCAGCAAUUGCUAAUCUCGCUGAUAGCUGGGAAUACCUUCCAAGACUGGAAAAGGACUUCUGGUAUGUCUGAGUUAGAGUGUGCCAGUGAACUGUAAGUAAAUUAACUGUGCAAAGCCUUGUACUUACAGAAAAUAGUAUUUCUUGUGUUCUAACUGCUUAGACUAACUGCUCAAGCCCAACAGCCCUGAUUAUUUAUAAUUCAAGAGAGUGUGAAGUGGAUUAUUUAAUUUAAUAAGAACAGCAAGGUGAUGUAGAUAAAUUAAGAGUACAUGCAAAUUAGUUAAGUCAAAUUAGUUAAUUGAUUGAAUUAAGAACAAUUUGCUGCCCGAACUUCUGGUAAGCAGUUCUAUAACUGGAACAUCUAAAACCAAAAUCAAAGCUGGAGAGAAGUGAAUAUGUUUUUAGCUGCAGCUUUGGGCAGUGUUUAUUCUCAGCACAGUCUGACAGUCCAACUGUUGAUCCAAGUUUCCAUUAUUGCAUCAUUCAGAGCUCUGAAGUGUUUCCAUCAGCAUCCAGCCCCAUAGCUAACAACUGUUUGCUUGCAAUACAAAACUAAUUGUUUUAGAUUUUGAUAAUUUCACUGUUAUUGAAAUGCAACGAGGCUUCUUAUUAAAGAUAAAUUAGUCCUGGUAUUAAAAACAACUUGCAACAGCAGACAAUGCUUUAGGAUAAAUGCAUUUUUUUCCUGAAAGAAACAGUGACGUAGAAAUUAUAUUUUAUCAAUAUUAAUGGAGGAAUACUUACUAUGAUG